AUGAAAGUAAGAGAAUUAAUUUUCUACAAAAAUUUAAGGUUAGAUAAAUUAUCUAAAGAAAAAAUUUUUGGAAUAGACAUCACCGAUGAAAAUAAUAGCCCUUAAAAUAAUGAUAUUAAUAAUACCUCUAAUAAUAAUAAUUAUGAUAAAGAUAAUUUAAAAAAAGAAAAAAUUAAUAGUGUUAAUGGAAAAGUAAUUGUAUAAGAUCCUUUAAAAGGUAAUUUGAUAAUGACUGUCGAAGAGUAUCAAAACGUAUAUAUGAAAAAUCCUUAAAAUUUUGAAUGA